AUGUUUUCUACAAUACAUCACUUCAAUCGUUCAUCUUGGUGUUCCCACCUAUGUUUAUUUUAUGGUAAUCGAAUUUCCUUACCUAUAACCAAUCAACAACCACAAUCCUUUUUAAGUUCAUAUGUUGCUAGCAAACCAAAGAAAUCUUUCAAGUUGGUGACCUUGAUUUCUGAACCAUAUGCUUCACAUGACGCUUGGCAUCCAACUAUACCCCCUCCACCUGAAUCAGGUCCUGCAGGUUGUUGCACAUGGUCAACUGUAUUUUCUGAUUCUAUUUCAAAACCAAUCAUUAUUGAUGUACGAAGUCCUGAUGAAUUUAAUGAAGAUCACAUUCACGGAGCAAUAAAUCUUCCUGUUUUAAAUAAUGAAGAAAGAGCAAUCGUUGGCCGUUUGUAUAAUCAAGAUGAUCGUAUUCAAGCUCGCCUUUAUGGUGCAUCUUUGGUCUGUGCUAAUAUUAGUCGUUGUUUGAAAGAACUUUCUUAUCAAUAUGGUUUACAACUAGACAAUUCGGUUCCUGUAAAUCAUCACUCUAAUGGAAACAGGAAAAUUGUAAAAUAUCCCGAUUUUUUUAUUUAUUGUUGGCGUGGAGGUCAAAGAUCUAAUUCUUUAGCAACUAUAUUAUCUGAAGUAGGCUGGCCGGGUAAUAUAUAUACACUUGUUGGUGGAUAUCGUUCUUGGCGUAGACUUCUACUUCGUCAGUUGGAUGCAUGGCCUCGUUGGUCUAUACUGAGUCCGUUUUGGGUCAUAUCUGGUCUUACUGGUUCCGGGAAAUCUUUAAUACUUCAAGAGUUACACGAUCAUGGUGAAACCGUUUUCGAUUUAGAAGCUUUGGCUAAACAUAAAGGUUCAAUGUUUGGUGGUGAUAGUGUAUUAUCAAAUAGUGACACUAGCGAUCAUCAAAGCUCUACCAAUAAAGGUAGUCAACAAAAGUUUUUUGAAUCUCAACUUCAUAAUGUAAUGAUGACAAAUAAGCAUCGAUUGUCAUCCUGCAAAAAUAUUUUAUGGAUCGAAUGCGAAUCACGGCAUAUUGGACCAGUUUGUGGGUUAUCUGAUGGUUUAUGGUCACGAUUAAGAUCUACAGAUCCAAAUGUUGGCACCCAUCGAUUAUGGAUUGAUAUUACAGAAGAAGCAAGAGUUGCUUGGAUUUUAGAAAAUUAUUCUACUGUUACUCGGAAUGUUCCAAAAGUUCUAGCUAUUCUCAAAAGAUUAACUCAAUUGGAUAGCCCGAAUAUAGUUCUACUAUGUGUAGGAUAGAAGAAGAUAAUCAGUGGUGAAAGUUAUUCAGUUAAGUACAACUAUUGAUUACUGGGUAGUGGCUAGUAUCAUAUUUGUAUAGUCCUCAGUGUUAGUCAAAUUUUAUUGAACAAUUUGCAAUCUGGUCUGGUCUAAAUGAUUUUAAAUUGCCUGGCCUAUUUUUUUUAUGGUAGGUAUGUAGGUAGGUAGAUGGCUGGAGGUAGUUGGUAAAUAUUUGUCAUGCAGAAUAUCGGUAUCUGCAAAACAUCUGAGUGGUAACGUUUCAGACUGCGAGGCUGAAUAACUCAGAUGGGGAUCCGGUAGUGAACAGUAAUGCACUCAGGAUCGCAAUUUCACCUUGCUGACUAGUGUCAUCUGGCUUAUACUUUUCAAUACAUGAGUAUAAAUUUUGUUAUUUGACGUUAAGAUUCGACUCUGUAGACUGUGGCAGUGUCUAUCAUUUGAAAGCAUACCAAAGACGUACAUCAACCUUGUACAGGCUCUUUACUUGAACACUGGUGGUUGAGUUAAAGCUUAUGUCCAACUCGUCAGAAUUUUCAACUUCAAGUAGUGUUCGUCAGGGUUGUCUGCUUUCUCCAUUUUUACUUAACUUUGUCAUAGAUAUACUUUUAAAAAUAAUACAUUCAUCGUCUGACUUUUCAAGGAUUGAUCUCCCACCAAGAUAUUCUCUUGUUUUCUUAGUAUACGCAGAUGAUAUAGUUCUGUUUGGUGAAUGCACUGACAAAAUUGAUAAUAUUCUGAGCGUUUUAAAGAAUAAUGCAAGCAUGUUUGAGAUGUGUUUCUCUUUCUAAAUGAAAAAAUGUUGCUUCGGCACUGGUCUGCAUCAGCAUCCAAUUAAUGACAAGUACGAAGUAGUUGAGUGCUGAUUGGCUGUUGUCUAAUGAAAUCUCAACAUGUAUUCGAGAAGUUCGAUCGACUUUUGCCAAUUUGCAUCACUUGUGAUGUAAGCGAGAUAUCCAUCUUCCAACCGAAGGACGAGUUUACCACGCAGCAGUUCUCUUCAUCCUUUUUUAUGAAUGUGAAACAUGCCCAUUAAGGGUAAGGGAUAUUCGUAGGUCACUAAGAUUCUAUUAUAGGUGUCUUCGAAGCAUUGUUCACGUAUUUUGGAUCCAUUUAGUACGCGAUCAUUGGGUUAGGAAUAAGGUACUAAAUAAGGAUGGCUAAUCGAUUGAUGAGUUAGUAAAUCUUCACGAACUGAGGUGAUUGAAACAUGUGAUACAUAUGCUCGACCAGUGCCUUCCUCGACGGUCGAUUUCGUCUGAUUUAGGAGUAAUCUGUGAGAUAGCUAGAAGAGACCAAACCAAGCCUUGGGGCCAAUCCAUAAAGUCAUUGACAGUCGAACUGGGUUUAGAUUGUCUGAUUGAAGUCCAUGUGAUUAUCGUAAUCAGUGGUUAGAGACUUUGAAUGACGUCGUGUAAAUUGUUUGUAAUGGCUCAAGCACAUCCACUUUUUGUCUUUUCGCAAAUUCUGACUUCAUAAAUCCCUCACAUAGUUCUUGUUUCACUAAUUUAUAUUUUCUCAGAUGGUAUCUUCGAUGUCCAAUCUUUCGUAUUACCAGUGUCACUAUUACUAUGUCUGCUAUCGUAUGAUUUGACCUGAAAAUUUCAUCUUGGUGUGCUACUGGGUUAUGGCAACUUGAACCGAUGUACAUAUAUAACAGGUUCUACUUUGAACAGACCGACUGACUUUUGUUUAUGGAGUCCAAUGUUCCAUCACAUACAUACCUUUCCAUCUUCUCUUUUCAAAUCACAUCCUCAAUCACCAGUCUUUGUUGUCAAUGUUUUGUACAACAUUAUAUCUGCCUUUCUUGUCGCUAAUUUUUAUCUCGUUUUGCUAAUGUGAUAUGUUUCGAUGCACGUCUAUGUCAGGCUUAUAUUGUUGAUGAUUCGCAUAGUAUAAUUCUAGGACAAUAUCUCGUCAUACUUUGAAUCUACAGGGCUUGUAAUAUUCCACUCUUUAUAUACUUUCAUCUUUUCUUCGUUGGAUUACAUUAAUGGCUUUAGUUGCCUCAUAAUUACCUAGUCGUUGUGUUUAGGUGGGAAAAAAAAUAACUUGUAAUAAAAUUGUAUUUGUCUUAUUUAUGCUUGACUUCAUUUAGUUUCUCUUUUUAUUAUAAAUAGUUUAAAUGAAUAUAUACCAGAUAAAUUGAUUAAUCAGUGGACUGAAAUGGUACAUCGUGAAGAUUUCACCAGUUUUGUAACCGGUUUACUUCGACAUCAUUAUGAUCCAUUGUAUAUAAAAAAUCGUCGUCACAUAAUAGAAGAUGCUAAAAAGAAUGGUUUAUUCCAUCGUCUCUCUCUUCAUAGUGUUGACAGAACAACUAUACAAACAAAAAUUAUACCACAGAUAUUGGAUUUAGCAUAUACUACAAGUUCUUCUGAUCUACAACAAAAUCAGUUACCUAAAAGUCAUAUAGCUAUUUAAACUUUUGCAUUUUUCUUUUGUAUCUUUAUUCAUAUGAAACAUAUUUCAUGUCUUGUUUAUAACUAAUAUUAACACAGAAUUGAGUAGCUUCAGUAUUUUUUGAUAUGGUUUAUAUCUUUCUAUUUAACUGUAUAUAAUGGAAACACAAAAUGUACACUUGCAUGUAUAGAACAUUACCAUAGUUAUUCAUAAUGAGUUAGUUUAUAUACAAAAUGUAAUUAGAAUUUGGGGGGGGGGUAUUUUUAUUUGUAAGGAUUAAAUCAAAUAUAAGUUCUGGACAGAAAUUCA